CAAGAGACAUUCCAUUAAUUUUCUGUUGACCACACUUUUCUUACUUUUUUUUUUUCCGCGAAUCAAAGGAACCCUGAGUUGUAUAGUAUCGCUGCUUUUCAAUUUAGAGGAAAAUGUUUGGCGCAUUAAAUCACGUAAUUGAAUUAGACUUUCCGAGUCCAAGCAUCAUGGCCGGUGCGAUAUUUCGUGGAACAGGACAGGUCAACCGGAAGUCAUAAAGUAAUAAGGCGAAGGAUAUUUUCGUCACCAAAAUGGCACCUCGUAAAUACUUACUAAUUUCACGGUGGCACUCCAUUUAUUUCUCUGAAAGAAAGGCCCGUAUUAUUAAAUCGGCCGCAAAACUACGUGGCAGCUUUCGCACGCGCCGAGGGCCGUUAACCAACGACCUGGAGGCACGCCGUAAUCCUGCGCCCACCGCUUUGGGCCUCUGCCUUCCACCGUCAUCAUUAUUCCUCUUGAUUCACCGUCCCUGCCCCCAAAUCCUUCGUCCAAAACUAGCUAUAAAUCCAGCGGCGAAGGGGAGCCCGGUUUGCCCAGAUCGAGAGUCCAUCAAUGGCGGCGGCGAAUUCUAGAAGGUCCAAUGGCUCGGUCUACUCCAGCUCCGCCGCGUUCCGGCGGUCGAUCUCUCCGACCGGACGGCGAUACUCGUCUCCGUCCUCCUCCGCCGCCAGCUUCUCUUCCAGGUCUCCCAGUUUCUUCCACCGUUCCUCCUCUCCAACCCGCGUCAACUUCGUCGGAUUCGCCCCGCCGACGUCCUCCGUCCGAUUCUCCAUCGACCGCCCUACCUCUCCCGGCCGGUCCCUCGCCUUCGCCUCCCCUCGCGAGCACCACAGCCCCCAGCGGCGGCCGAUUACAGCCGCCCCAGCCGGCGGCCAGAGGAAGACUUGCAUGUGCUCGCCAACGAACCAUCCCGGCUCCUUCCGCUGCAACCUCCACAAGGGCUUCGCCGCCCACGGCGUCGGUGGCCGCCACCACUACCGCCGCCAGGCUGUGUCCUCGCCGUCGAACCGGCUUAACGCGCGGCGGUCGGCGAUGACGAACUCGCUGGUGCGGAUUGGUACGGUGGAGGGGGAGUGGGUGAGGAGGGCGCUCGCCGCCCUCAUCCACCCCUCCUCCCACCACCAGCGGCGGAGGGCUGCCUUCCAUCCCCGGCCCAGCCGCCUCUCCAUCAUGUCCAAGGCCGACGAUCCAUGAUCGUAGAUCUCGAAGCAGCGGGAAACGCCGUUACGCGUUCCGUUACCGUCGGCCGACGUGGGUGGCGCAUUCCGUAUUAGCCGACGUUUGGCAUGUUGCUUUCCGUGGAGGUCUCGUUGUUGCUUUCGUUGCCGGUGGAGGGGACUUUCCGCAAACAUAAGCAGAGCGGACUGGAAACCUGAAGGACCACUAAAUAAAAUUACCACUAAAUAAUAAUAAUAAAGGGUGAUCAAUUGAACUAAAUUUAUUAUUUGAUAAAGUGGUGAGAAAGAUAAUUAUUUUGAUAAGGGAUUGAUAGAAAAUUAAGGAAAAUAAUAAUCCGAAGCAUUUCUCUCGAAAUUACAAUAAUUAAAUCAACUAUCGCAGAUAGAUGAUUAGCUCUUUGUUGUAACACCUUUGGAUAUUGUUUCGCAAUAUUUUACAAUAAUGGUAAGAUGGAAAAUAUUUUGUAUAUAAACUGUUAUUAUUUAUCUAUUAUCAUUAUAUUACUUUUUAAUUAAACGUUGAUAAAAUUAUUUUGGAAUAGUGACAAUAUUAAUAGAGAUGUUUGAAAGUAUGCCAUUUAAAGCAUGAAGAAGGUGAAAAAAACACUUGAGAAGAAUGGCAAGGCAGGUGAGUUUCCUUCGGGAUGGCAGGGAAUCGGCUUGCUCCGAGUCCCGUAACAAGUGGUUCGCAGUAACUCAGGAAUUAUGACUUUUAUCAUUCUUUUUUUAAACUUUAGCUGGAUAAUGAGAAUAGUAUCUUGAUUUAAUCGACUCAACUGAUAGCUGCCUUUUUAUAAUGUCACAUUAUUAUUUUUAAAUAUUAUAUUCUAUUUUAUUAAUCAAAAAUCCUAAAAAAAAUUUACUAAUUAAUCUUGUAUAAGUUGAGAACAAAGAAACCGAGCACCUGGUUAGCUCAUCAGGCAUGAUGCACUUUAGCACUGCAUCUUAAUUCUUUUUCCCUCCUCGUCAUGAUGAAUUAGAGGAUUAGUUG